AUGGGCUCCAAAAAACUGACUGUAGGAUCCGAUUCGCAUCGUUUGAGCAGAUCCAGCUUUACAAGCAGUAAAUCUUCACAUUCAGCAAUAAAAGAUCAGCCGAUCGAUACAGAUGAUAUUGAUGAGGAUGAUGAAUCCGGUCAUAAUAUUAUCUUAAAUAUUAUCUCACAAUUAAGGCCAGGCUGUGAUUUGACUAGGAUUACCUUGCCUACAUUUAUAUUAGAAAAGAAGUCCAUGCUUGAACGUGUCACAAAUCAGUUGCAAUUUCCUGAGUUUUUGUUGCAAGCGCAUUCAGAGAAGGAUCCAUUGGAAAGAUUUUUGUACGUCAUAAAAUGGUAUCUAGCAGGCUGGCACAUUGCACCCAAGGCAGUUAAGAAACCGUUAAACCCAGUCCUUGGUGAGUAUUUUACCGCUUAUUGGGAUUUGCCAAACAAACAGCAAGCAUACUAUAUAGCUGAGCAGACAAGUCACCACCCUCCAGAAUGUGCGUAUUUUUACAUGAUCCCCGAAUCAUCAAUUAGAGUGGAUGGUGUGGUUAUUCCUAAAUCCAGAUUUUUGGGAAACUCAAGUGCCGCUAUGAUGGAUGGAUCAACAGUCUUACAAUUUCUGGACAUUAAGGAUAAAACCGGAAAACCGGAAAAGUAUGUCCUAACACAACCCAACGUAUAUGUAAGAGGAAUUCUGUUUGGAAAAAUGAGAAUCGAACUUGGAGAUCAUAUGGUAAUUAAAUCUCCCAAUUUCCAAGUUGAUAUAGAGUUUAAGACAAAAGGAUAUGUUUUCGGUACUUACGACGCCAUCGAGGGAACUGUUAAAGAUUAUGACGGUAACUCAUAUUACGAAAUAUCUGGUAAAUGGAAUGAUGUUAUGUAUAUAAAGGAUUUAAAGCAGUCACGCUCUUCACCAAAAGUAUUUCUCGACACACAUAAAGAGUCACCACUAAGACCAAAGGUUCGGCCAUUGGACGAACAAGGUGAUUACGAAUCCAGAAAACUGUGGAAAAAGGUUACAGAUGCACUGGCUGUCCGCAAUCAUCCUGUCGCGACUGAGGAAAAAUUCCAGAUAGAAGACCAUCAAAGACAGUUAGCCAAAAAGCGUAUCGAAGAUGGUGUGGAAUUUCAUCCAAAGUUAUUUAGACGGUCAAAACCUGGCGAGGAUCUUGAUUAUUGUAUUUAUAAGAAUAUCCCUACUAACGAGGAUCCUGAGAACCAAAUACGAAGUAUAUUGCAAAUAGCACCUAUUUUACCAGGUCAACACUUUACUAACAAAUUCUUCAUCCCUGCAUUCGAGAAGAUAAAAGCACAAAAUAAAGGGAAUGAGGGUAGGAAGGAGAAUUCGGGAAGAUAA